AUCAACAGCCGCCAUCUUGUCGCGGCUCGGAAUCAGGAUUUCGAUAGAGCACUAUUUUUUAUUUUUGAACACGGAGCAUCCAAAUCGAGCUUUGACGACCCCGUUCAGCGGAAAAUGACACCUUUAUAUCAGCGCGGAGGAAUUUUUGGCGGAAAACCCUGGAUUUAAUCGGCGUGCGUCGGCCACAAAACCCUCGUAUAUCUGAUUUCCCCUUCAGAGCGGCGCUUGCGUCCGUAUUUCGCUCCGAGCUGUUAUUGUUUACCGGACGCUUUUGGAGGACAGGCAGCGCCGUGGAGACUAUUUUGCAAAAAUAUCUCAUUUUUAUGCAACCGUGCAUUUUUACAAGAAGCCAGAGGAUUUUUGCACGGAAAAAAUUGACGUCAGAAAAUGGAUCGCGUGCCGUUGCAGAAUUAACGACGCUCGCACGCGCAGACUCCUGUGUUUCUUUUAUUUGGGAUUUUGCGUUGAAUUCGCGGAAAGGAGGCGUUUUCUCUCGGUAAUAUAACGAUGAUAAUGUGGGUGUUGGGUGUUGGAUUAUCAUGGGGUGAAUGGUGGUGGCGACGCGGGGCGCUGUUGCUGCUUUUUUGAGAAAAUCCUCCGCCGAGCCGCUCCACACUCCCCACGUCUUUCAAAAGUAAGGUAAUAUCUGUUUUUCCGACGAAAGGAUCCUCCACUUUGCAUUUUUGACCCACAACACUCAGCCAGAAGCUCAUUUGAAUCGCAAUGGCAGAAAAUGUGCUCGACGUCGGCCCUCCCAAUGCGAAGCGGGCGAAGCUGACAGCACCUGCUCCAGACGCUCCAGAGUUGGGCUCACUUUCCUGGGAUGACCUGGAGAACGAUCUUCCAGAUGAGCUGAUUCCUAACGGAGACCUGGGGCUGAUGUCCAUGCCCUCAAACGGCGGGGCUGCAGGUACGGGCGCUCACGGCCAUGUCCCCGACGCCGCUGCCAAGCACAAGCAACUCUCGGAGCUCCUGCGGCCGGGAAGCAGCGCUGGCAUGAACUCGGUCAGCCCGCAACCUGGCAGCAUCGGACCUCAGCUUGGUGGGCUCGGAAAGAGUCCCCUACGCCAAGGCUCCCCUUCCCACCCUUCCCAAACACAAAAACCAGGGGGCACUCCUGGGACGCAGGGCAAUAAUGCCGGAUCAGCUGGCAUGGCGUUUAACCAGGGUAUGCUGAACAGCGGCAUGAUGGGACAGAACGCGGGCGCUCAGUCGGGUCAGGUGAUAAAUGGAGCUCUUGGGCCUGUAGGCCGCGGUCGAGGCACACAGGGAAUGUAUCAGGGUGCCACCAUGCAGGUGGCAUCUUCUGUUGGAGUGGGAGGAGGAGUGGGUGCGGCGCCUGGAGGAGCAGGAAGUGUCCUGGCAGAAACACUCACACAAGGGGCACAGCAAUUGGGCAUCAACGCUCAGCAGGCCAAGAUGGGCAUGGCAGGUGGCAACAGUCCAUUUGGGCAGUACCAGGCUGGAGGUCAACAACUGGGCACGAACGCACAGAAUAAAGGCGCCCUUCCCAACAGCCUCCCCCCAUUUCCAACUGACCUAAAGGGGGCGACUGUCACCAGCGUGCCAAACAUGCCCCAGCAGCAACAGGUGUCGGUAGGCAUGGUGGCGGGUCAGGGCGUAUCGACGGGUCCCACAGCUGACCCGGAGAAGCGCAAGCUGAUCCAGCAGCAGCUGGUUCUGCUGCUUCAUGCCCACAAGUGCCAGCGGCGUGAGCAGGCCAAUGGAGAUAUGCGAGCCUGUGCUCUGCCACACUGCAGGACCAUGAAGAACGUCCUCAACCACAUGACACACUGCCAGGCUGGCAAGUCCUGCCAAGUGGCUCACUGUGCUUCAUCGAGGCAGAUCAUCUCGCAUUGGAAGAACUGCACCAGACACGACUGUCCCGUCUGCCUGCCCCUGAAGAACGCCAGCGAAAACGCUAAUAAACUCAACCAGCAACCAAUGCUGAGUCCCCCAAACGCUAGUCUACAAACCCCUAUCGGGUCUGUCGGCACGGGGCAGCAGACGGCACCCGCUCUGCCCAGCUCCACACCCAUCGACCCCAGCUCCAUGCGGCGGGCAUAUGCUGCCCUCGGCCUCCCCUACAGCAAUCAGAACCCCACACAGACCCAGUCCCCCACGCAGACACAGGGCCCCGGACAGACGACGGCGCAGACACAACACCAGCAGCCAAUGAGAUCCAUCACUGCGCUUGGAGGAGGUCAGAUGAACCCAAUCGGCGUACCGACAUCUGAACAGGCUAAGCUGCUCCCAGAUGGCACCAUACCAUCUACCCUUAACAAUCCGGUGAUGCCAGACGGCCCUACAGUAGGCAAUCUGAGUAACCUGCCCACAGCGGCCCCUCUGUCAGCCACUGGUGUGAGGAAAGCCUGGCACGAGCACGUCACUCAGGACCUCCGCAACCACCUUGUACACAAACUGGUUCAGGCUAUCUUCCCCACACCUGACCCUGCUGCCCUGAAGGACCGCCGAAUGGAGAACUUGGUGGCGUACGCACGAAAAGUGGAAGGGGACAUGUACGAGUCCGCCAACAGCAGGGACGAGUACUAUCACUUUCUGGCCGAAAAGAUCUAUAAGAUCCAGAAAGAGUUGGAGGAGAAAAGAAGGUCCCGGUUACAAAAACAGAUCAUCAACCAGACAUCUUUGACCGCAACGGGACAGCAGCCAUCGGCCCUCAACCAGCCUAUUGUCAUGGGACCGCGGCCACAGAAUGGACCCGUGCCUAUGCCCAAUGUGCCAAAUCAGAUCCUGAAUCGCAUGCAGGUGUCUCAAGGGAUGAAUCCAUUUAGUGCAAUGUCCAAUGUGCCGAUGUCUCAGGCUCCCAUGGGAACACGUGCCGCCUCUCCAAUUAACCAUCAACAGAUCAACAUGAAUCAAGUCCCAACGAUGAACAUGUCACCAACGCGAAUUGCUACAACGCAAGGUAUGCUGGGAGCUCACGGAGGGAACAUGGUCACACAAACGCCCAACCAGACGCAGUUCAUGACUCAACCACAGUUUCCUGCUAACACCAACACCAUGAACGUCAACAUGGGCCAGUCCAACUCGCAGACGCCAGUUUCACAGCAGCAGCCGAACGCUAACCUCCCCCUGAAUGCACUUGGCCCCUUGGGCCCCGCACUAGGCUGCCCUGCACCCCCUCAGGCUCCACUGCGAGCCACACCGCCCCCCAACGCCACCGCCGCCAGCACCACUAACCUGCCAGCAGCACUGCAGCCCUCCACACCCAUCCCCGCCCCUGCCCAGGCCACCCCUCCGCACAUGCAGACCCAGGCUGAGCUGCCCAUCCCUGCCCAGCAGCACCCUGGAACACCGACUGGUGAAAACCGUGUACCCACGCCAGCAUCAGCAGCCAGCACUGAGCUGCACUCCCAGCAUGCUGUGCCUGACGUACCACCCAAUGACACUAAAACAGAAGAGCAGGAAUACGACAUGGCCGUCAAAACAGAGCCCAGCACGGAGACAGAGGAAGACAAAGGCUCUCGGUUGGUCAAAAAGGAGGAGCAGGAGGGCUUUGAGGCCAAGCAGGAGCCAAUGGAGACGGAGGACAAGAAGACUGACUUGAAGACUGAGACCAAAGAGGAAGAUGAAAGCAGGACAAACGGCACGGCGUCCUCUGCACCGUCACAGUCUCGCAAGAAAAUCUUUAAGCCAGAAGAGUUGCGACAGGCUUUGAUGCCCACCUUGGAGUCUCUGUACAGGCAAGAUCCAGAGUCUCUGCCCUUCCGGCAGCCUGUGGACCCCAUACUUCUUGGCAUCCCUGAUUAUUUUGAUAUCGUGAAGAACCCUAUAGACCUGUCCACUAUCAAGCGUAAGCUGGACACGGGUCAGUACCAGGAGCCCUGGCAGUAUGUGGAUGAUGUAUGGCUGAUGUUUAACAACGCCUGGCUGUACAACAGGAAGACGUCGCGUGUCUACAAGUACUGCUCCAAACUGGCGGAGGUGUUUGAACAGGAGAUCGACCCAGUCAUGCAGGGACUCGGGUACUGCUGUGGGCGGAAGUACGAGUUUUCUCCUCAGACGCUGUGCUGUUACGGCAAGCAGCUGUGCACAAUACCCCGAGACGGCACUUACUACAGUUAUCAGAACAGAUAUCAUUUCUGCGAGAAAUGCUUCAAUGAGAUCCAGGGAGACAGCGUGACGCUAGGAGAUGAUCCUGCUCAGCCUCAGACCAUGAUCUCUAAAGACCAGUUUGAAAGGAAGAAGAAUGACACGUUAGAUCCUGAGCCGUUUGUUGAAUGUAAAGAUUGCGGGCGGAAGAUGCAUCAGAUUUGUGUCCUGCAUUAUGAAGUCAUUUGGCCUUCAGGUUUCAUCUGCGAUAACUGUUUGAAAAAGAGUGCGAAGUCGAGAAAGGAUAACAAGUUUACGGCAAAAAGGUUGCAGUCGACGAGGUUAGGCACGUACAUAGAGGAUCGGGUGAACAAGUACUUGAAGAGGCAGAACCAUCCGGAAGCUGGAGAGGUGUUUGUACGAGUAGUAGCCAGUUCAGACAAAACGGUGGAGGUCAAACCUGGCAUGAAGGCCAAGUUUGUAGACACAGGAGAGAUGAUGGAGACUUUCCCCUACAGAACCAAAGCACUUUUCGCCUUUGAGGAGAUUGAUGGAGUGGAUGUGUGUUUUUUUGGCAUGCACGUGCAAGAGUACAGCUCUGAUUGCCCUUUUCCUAACACCAGACGGGUAUACAUAUCGUACCUCGAUAGUAUUCACUUCUUCAAACCUCGCAUGCUGAGAACAGCUGUCUAUCACGAAAUCCUCAUUGGCUAUUUGGAAUACGUCAAGAAGCUUGGAUAUGUUACGGCACACAUCUGGGCAUGUCCACCUAGUGAGGGUGAUGACUAUAUCUUCCAUUGUCACCCUGCCGACCAGAAAAUCCCAAAACCUAAGCGCCUGCAGGAGUGGUACCGCAAAAUGUUGGACAAGGCCUUUGCUGAGCGGAUUCUGCAUGACUACAAGGACAUUUUCAAGCAAGCCACAGAGGACCGUUUGACGAGUGCAAAUGAGCUUCCAUAUUUUGAGGGUGAUUUUUGGCCCAAUGUGUUGGAGGAGAGCAUCAAGGAGUUGGAGCAAGAAGAAGAGGAGAGGAAAAAAGAAGAAAACACGGCAACUUGUGAAACUCCGGAGGGCACACCAGGAGACAGCAAGAAUGCAAAGAAGAAGAACAACAAAAAAACAAAUAAGAAUAAAAGCAGCUUGAGCCGAGCAAAUAAAAAGAAACCUGGGAUGCCCAAUGUAGCCAAUGACCUAUCCCAGAAGCUCUACGCCACCAUGGAGAAACACAAAGAGGUGUUUUUUGUAAUCCAUCUGCAUUCUGGGCCCAUGGUCAACUCAUUAUUACCCAUCCUUGACUCUGAUCCCCUACUGAACUGUGACUUGAUGGACGGAAGGGACGCCUUCUUGACAUUAGCACGGGAUAAGCACUGGGAGUUCAGCUCUUUGCGGCGCUGCAAGUGGAGCACCAUGUGCAUGCUGGUGGAAUUGCACAACCAGGGCCAGGACCGCUUUGUCUACACCUGCAACGAAUGUAAACACCAUGUCGAGACACGCUGGCACUGUACGGUCUGCGAGGACUUUGACCUGUGUAUUAAUUGCUACAACGCUAAGGGACAUGAGCACCAGAUGGUUAAGUGGGGUCUGGGUCUGGAUGAUGACAGCAGUAGCCAAAGUGGUGAGGCCUCCAAGAGUCCUCAAGAGAGCCGGCGUCUAAGCAUCCAGCGUUGCAUCCAGUCUCUGGUGCAUGCCUGCCAGUGCCGCAACGCCAACUGCUCUUUGCCGUCUUGCCAGAAGAUGAAGCGUGUGGUGCAGCACACCAAGGGCUGCAAGCGCAAGACAAACGGUGGCUGUCCGGUGUGCAAGCAGCUCAUUGCUCUCUGCUGCUAUCAUGCCAAGCACUGCCAGGAGAACAAGUGUCCUGUGCCCUUCUGCCUCAAUAUCAAGCACAAACUACGGCAACAGCAGUUACAACACCGGCUGCAGCAGGCGCAGAUGAUGCGGAGACGCAUGGCCACUAUGCAGGGUCGAGCCAUGCCUCAAAGCUUACCAUCACCACCUGCAUCCACAGCCCCCAGCACACCCACCUCGCAACAGCAACCCAACACGCCUCAAACGCCGCAACCGCUGCCCAAUCAGCCGACUACACCAAACGCUGUCGUAAUGUCACCAACCUAUCCCAAUACCCCACGCAAUGGACAACCACCUCCUCAAUCCUCACAGGGCAAACCCGGCCCACAGGCAUCACCGCUACAUCAGCAGCAGUCUCCACUCCCACAGCCACCCCAGCAGCAGCCUCCGCCACAACAACCUCCACAGCAGCAGCAGCCUCCACCUAUGGCAGUCAAGAUGGCACGGCACAUAGAAAUGGUUGCGCAGGCUCAACAGAACUAUCGCAUGACCAUGAACGGCCUUCCCAUGAACCACCAGCAGCCGCGCAUGCCAGGUGCAAUGCAACCACCCAUGCAGCUUGUUGGGCCACGUGGACAGCAGGUCAUGCAGCCCAUGCCGCCAGGACAGUGGACUGGAGGCGCUCAGCCAAGCAUGCCAGCAGCUCAGCAGCAGGUCGCUCAACAACAGACCCCACAGGGCCCUCAGCCAACCAUACCUAUACAGAGACCUGCAAUGCCCCAGCAAGUUGCCCAGCCACGUAUGAUGGUGCCCACACAGGGCCCUCGACCGCAAGCACCCCAGAGAGCCGCAGGCAUCGCUCCCAAUGCCUUACAGGAUCUGCUACGCACUCUCAAGUCACCUAGCUCACCCCAACAACAGCAGCAAGUGUUAAACAUCCUCAAAUCGAACCCUCAACUCAUGGCCGCCUUCAUCAAACAGAGAACCGCAAAGUACCAUGCCAGCCAGCCCCAACAGCAGCCGCAGCAGGGCAUACACGCAGCGCAGCCAGCCAUGCAGAACAUUGCAGCCUUGCAGGCUGUGCCACGACCUGGCAUGGCUCCCCAGCAGCAACAACAGCAGCCCACACCACAAAGCAUGGCAGCUCUUGGUCCACAGGGUCAACUCAUGAACCCUGCGCACGCCAACAAUCCUCAGUUACAGGAAAUGUAUCGACGCCAGCUUCUGCGACAGCAACAACAGCAGCAGCAGCAGCAGCAACAGCAGCAGCAGGGAGUGCUGUCACAAGCUCAUGGCCAGUUCCCACAGGCACAAGGAACUGCUACCAACUACACGCAACUCCGGAUGCAGCAGCAGCAGCAGUUGGCCAUGCAGGGAACAGGUGGACCCAUGGGCCAGCUUCCCCCAAUGGCCCAGAUGGGCCAGUCUGGGAUGGCUAUGGAUGGCACACCCAACCUUUUGCACCAGCGCAACAAUCUCCUACUACAACAACAGCAGCUUCCGCAACAGCAGGUCGUCCUCAAGCCUCCCAUGGGCUCACAGGCACAACCGAGCCCUAUGAGCCCACAAACUCACCUUCUCUCGGGCCAGCCGCAGGGCGCACACCUACCCGGCCAACCCAUGGCUAAUGCACUCAGUAAUCAGGUGUGUUCGCCAGGCCCCGUACAGUCGCCCAGACCUCCAUCACAGCAGCCUCCUCCACAUUCCAGCCCUUCCCCACACAUUCAGCCUCAGCCGUCACCCCAACAUGUGCCACCCCACACGGGGUCACCACACCCCGGUCUGUCGACGCCCAUGCCUGGCUCCAUGGAGCAAGGACACCUGGGCACACCCGAGCAGAGUGCCAUGCUCCCGCAGCUCAAUACGCCCAAUCGGGGAGGACUGCCCAGUGACUUAAACAUGGUGGGAGACACAACAGGAGACACCCUAGAGAAAUUUGUGGAGGGAUUGUAGCGUUUACUGGGAGACUCUACCCACCACAGUCUCCCCGUUCCUCUUUUUGUGGCUCUGUUGUUUUGUUUUUUCUCUAAUAUUCUCAAUUUUUUGUACUGACAUGUAAAAAGUUUGAAGAAAUGUAUGAAAAAAGAAAGAAAUUUAUGUCAACAAGGUUAGGGAAUGUUGAUGUUUCCUAAAAAAAUUGAAAAAACAGACUGAUUUCUUCCUUUAAAGAGGGAAAAUUGUUGAUUAAAAGAAAUAUAAAUCACAAAGAAUAUAUUUUUUGUUCAGUUUGGACCCGUGUGUGGUUCAUGUGUUGUGUUUGUUUUGUUUGGGGAUGGCAGCAGCGAUCUGGUUUCAUGCCUUUACUUUUACUUUCUUUUGUAAGAAAAUCGAAAUGUCAUUAUAUCAUUCAUACUUUUGUUUUAUACCUUAUCUAUCUUUACAGCAUUUUGUGUUGGAAGACUGUAAAAUAAUAUGCCGGGGCGUUAGGGACAGGGUUUCUCUGCGCUGUCCUUCAUCUUUCCUGGCAAUUGUAUUCUAGUGUUGCACCGUUUUUUUCAGACAUGCAUUCGGAGUUAUCUCCUUUCCUCAUUGUGAAGUUUGUAUGAGGAGAACUAUUUGUUUGUAUUGAUAGGAACUGUGCAUACGCAUGUAUGCAAACACAGACACACACACAUGCAUCACUCAGACAGUACAACACCAACCCCCAAGAGGAUAUGUACACAUUUACAACAUCUCACUGGUCUGGAUCCAGAGGUUCUGUCUUGCAGAUGUAGAAAAUUGUUGAUUUUUGUCCUACUUUUGUCAUACAGAUAUAUAAAUAUAAAGAGAGCUAGAGCGCGAGCGAGAGAGCCUGUGGGAGAAAGCGGGGCCCCUAAGCUGAGCGGGAGGGAAUGGGCGAUCACUGGUUGACUGCUUGUUGGAAUACAGAAUGGAUUCUGUUAUUGACCCUCAUUUCUCUCACACUAACUUGAACAGGGGCUCAGCUUUUUCCCUUAAUGUAAAUCGUGCAAGUUAUUAAGUACAAUAAAUAUAAGGAAGAGAGAAUGGAAUCACUGUAUAAACUGGUUUAAAAAAACUUAUUUCUUACUUAUAUACCAUAUUGUUAAAUAAACUGUGUGGAACAGAUCAAAAACACGUGUCUAAUGUUAUUAUGUGUUAUUAAAUUGGUUUAUUUUAAAGAA